AUGUUUCGAAGAGCUCUUCUACGCCAAUCCCAGGCUUUCAAGCCUACCUUCUCCGCCCGAUCCAUCUCAACAUCCCCUCUAUACCGGAGGCAGAGUCCUACAUAUACCCACACGCAGACCUUCAGGCCGCUGCAUUCGACAUUAUCCCGGAGAUACAAUUCCACAGAUUCGCAAGACAAGAAGCCCGAACAAGACGCCGCAGCAACCUCCUCAGAGGGAACUGCCGAGUCCGAAAUUUCGGACGCCGAAGCUGCUCUACAAAAGGAAAUUGAAAAACAGGAGAAGGAGAUUGUUGACUUAAAGGAUAGAUACCUGCGAUCCGUCGCCGACUUCCGCAACCUCCAGGAGCGCACACGUCGCGACGUCGAUGCCGCGCGCUCCUUUGCAAUCCAGCGCUUUGGCGCCGACCUAAUCGAGUCGAUUGACAACUUUGAGCGGGCCCUCGAGGCUGUUCCUUCCGAUAAGCUCAGCAAUGGAGAAAACAAGGAGCUCACCGACCUCUAUGACGGCCUGAAGAUGACCGAGACCGUGAUAAUGAAUACUCUGAAGAAACAUGGCCUGGAGAGGUUCGACCCGUCUGAGCUGGUCGAGAACAAACCUCAGAAAUUCAACCCGAAACUUCACGAAGCCACUUUCAUGGCGCCGGCACCCGGAAAGGAAGAUGGCGAUAUUCUGCACGUCCAGACCAAAGGUUUUAUGCUUAAUGGUCGAGUCUUACGGGCCGCCAAAGUUGGUGUUGUUAAGAAUGCCUAG